GACCUCUAGGAAGAACAGUUUAGAACUGAUAGAGCUAUCCAGUAUAAAUAAAGUUUAACUUUUCAAUUUUAAUUUAGUGGGAAAUUCUUCGUCGUUACGUGUGGCGGUCUACAAUGUGUUGUUGCUGUGGUCCAACCAAGGCCAAAACCAACCCGUUCCCAGACUCUGACCUGGAUCAGGUCGAGAAGAGAUUUCAUGAAUUCACCAGACGGACGUCUACUACACCGGAUUUUUAUCCCCCUGGGAAAGUGCUCCAUCUGGCUAAAGUAAAGUCGUUCAAGGGGUAGGUUUUAAUUACAAUGUUGAAAAGUUUUCUAGAUGGAAAUUUCACCCUAGUAUAUAUACGUCAACUUGUUGUUAGAGCUCGCCCCAUUGUCUCUCUGUAGUUGUGACAAUGCUGUUCCAACAACUUGUCAACAAGGUGUGUUUGCAAUAGGUUUGUAGCAAGCUUGUUAACAAGUUGUGACAAUGCUGUUCCAACAAUUUGUCAACAAGAUGUGUUUGCAAUAGAUUUGUAGCAAGCUUGUUAACAAGUUGUUACAAUGCUGUUCCAACAACUUGUCAACAAGAUGUGUUUGCAAUAGGUUUGUAGCAAGCUUGUAAACAAGUUGUAAUAAUGCUGUUCCAACAACUUGUCAACAAGAUAUGUUUGCAAUAAGUUUGUAGCAAGCUUGUUAACACGUUGUGACAAUGCUGUUCCAACAAUUUGUCAACAAGGUGUGUUUGCAAUAGGUUUGUAGCAAGCUUGUUAACAAGUUGUGACAAUGCUGUUCCAACAAUUUGUCAACAAGAUGUGUUUGCAAUAGAUUUGUAGCAAGCUUGUUAACAAGUUGUUACAAUGCUGUUCCAACAACUUGUCAACAAGAUGUGUUUGCAAUAGGUUUGUAGCAAGCUUGUAAACAAGUUGUAAUAAUGCUGUUCCAACAACUUGUCAACAAGAUAUGUUUGCAAUAAGUUUGUAGCAAGCUUGUUAACACGUUGUGACAAUGCUGUUCCAACAAUUUGUCAACAAGGUGUGUUUGCAAUAGGUUUGUAGCAAGCUUGUUAACAAGUUGUGACAAUGCUGUUCCAACAAUUUGUCAACAAGAUGUAUUUGCAAUAGAUUUGUAGCAAGCUUGUUAACAAGUUGUGACAAUGCUGUUCCAACAACUUGUCAACAAGAUGUGUUUACAAUAGAUUUGUAGCAAGCUUGUUAACAAGUUGUGAUAAUGCUGUUCCAACAACUUGUCAACAAGAUGUGUUUGCAAUAGGUUUGUAGCAAGCUUGUUAACAAGUUGUGACAAUGCUAUUCCAACAAUUUGUCAACAAGGUGUGUUUGCAAUAGGUUUGUAGCAAGCUUGUUAACAAGUUGGGACAAUGCUAUUCCAACAGACUUGUUAGAACAACCUUGUAACAUUCUUGCUGUAUCAUGACUGUAUCAGACUUGUUAGAACAACCUUGUAACAUUCUUGUUAUAUCUUGACUGUAUCAGACUUGUUAGAACAACCUUGUGACAUUCUUGCUAUAUCAUGACUUUAUCAGACUUGUUAGAGCAACCUUGUAACAUUCUUGUUAUAUCAUGACUGUAUCAGACUUGUUAGAACAACCUUGUAACAUUCUUGUUAUAUCAUGACUGUAUCAGACUUGUUAGAACAACCUUGUAACAUUCUUGUUAUAUCAUGAUUGUAUCAGACUUGUUAGAACAACCUUGUAACAUUCUUGUUAUAUCAUGACUAUAUCAGACUUGUUAGAACAACCUUGUAACAUUCUUGUUAUAUCAUGACUGUAUCAGACUUGUUAGAACAACCUUGUAACAAGCCUGAUAAUGCCAUCAAGCAUGUUACAAGUUGUGAACAGCUGUUCCGAACUUGUUACAACAACUGGGAACAAGCAGUGCGAACACAACUUGUCGACAGCUUGUGAACAGAUUUAGGUAGAUAGGUAAAACUUUAUUUAACUACGCUAACCCCUACAGCGAAAGCUGAUUUCCAGGGGGCGUAGAUAACAAGGUUAUCCCAAAAGGGGCGUUGUAACAACUUGUUUGCAGACCUGUAACAACUUGUGCGUUUUUAUGUGUGUAUAACAUUUAGAUUUUCCUCAAUUUUCCACAGGCGUUGCUGUAACAAGAAAAGUGUAUUCGAACCGUUCUGGUCCAGCAGCGUGGACUUCGAACAGAUUCUCAUCUCAAGUCUGAUGUGGGCCGAUCAUAUGCCCGACUUCGUUUUAAAAGUUCUCAAAGAUACUUUUGAAAGGCUUAAAUGUGACGAAGACAAAGGAAGCACUUCGUCACCGCCGUGUAGACAACCUCAUCACGGAUUGCAGAGGUGCUUGAGCGAUAACGGAUCGUGCUAUAUAACCGUCUUGGAUUCCCCAACAGGUGAGGACAAUAGCAUCCCGUGGUUUGUGUCUGAACAACCUACACACGCAAAAAUCUCACAUCUUGUAGCAAGUCUGCCAACAAGCCGUCAACAAGUUGUGUUCGCACUGCUUGUCCCAAGUUGUCAACAAGUUUUUGGAAUAAGCUGUUAGCAACUUGUAACAAGCUUGUUGAUAUUAUCAGACUUGUUGCGAGGUUGUUCCAAAAAGUCCGAUACAGUCAUGAUAUAACAAUAUUGUUACAACCUUGUGUCGUCAAACUUGUGACAUUCUUGUUAUAUCAUGACUGUAUCAGACUUGUUAGAACAACCUUGUAACAUUCUUGUUAUAUCAUGAUCGUAUCAGACUUGUUAGAACAACCUUGUAACAUUCUUGUUAUAUCAUGACUGUAUCAGACUUGUUGGAACAAACUUGUGACAUUCUUGUUAUAUCAUGACUGUAUCAGACUUGUUAGAACAUCCUUGUGACAUUCUUGUUAUAUCAUGGCUGUAUCAGACUUGUUAGAACAACCUUGUAACAUUCUCGUUAUAUCAUGACUGUAACAGACUUGUUAGAACAACCUUGUAACAUUCUUGUUAUAUCAUGACUGUAUCAGACUGGUUAGAACAACCUUGUAACAUUCUCAGUUAUACCAUGACUGUAUCAGACUUGUUAGAACAACCUUGUAACAUUCUUGUUAUAUCAUGACUGUAUAUCAGACUUGUUAGAACAACCUUGUAGCAUUCUUGUUAUAUCAUGACUGUAUCAGACUUCUUAGAACAACCUUGUAACAUUCUUGUUAUAUCAUGACUGUAACAGACUUGUUAGAACAACCUUGUAACAAGUCUGAUAAUGCCAUCAAGCUUGUUACAGGUUGUUAACAGCUUGUUCCAAACUUGUUACAACAACUGGGAACAAGCAGUACGAACACAACUUGUCGACAGCUUGUGAACAGAUUUGUAACAACUUGUUUGCAGACCUGUAACAACUUGUGCGUUUUUACGUAUGUGUUAUAUAUAUUCACUCAUGUAUAGAUAAUUCUAAUGACUAGAUACCUUUGUGCUGUAACCAUGGAUUAUAAAAUAAAUGGAUAGGACUCUAGCUGACGUCACAGUCUAAACCUAGUUGCAAUCUGUGACGUCACGCGCAUUGCCAAAGUUCUCGGCAUUUUUGUUGUUUCGCUAUACUUUCCGCUUUAAAAGAGUAAUAUUGAAGCAUAAACUGGUCUAACUGUUUUAAAAACAUGCCUAAGCCACGACAAAGUAUUCAAGGUAAAUGUUUUUCGUCUUUGUUUUGUAUUUUUUUACAUUUGUAGCUACGAAAUUGGCGUCACCAAUUCUAACGAAAUUUGGAAUGCAUUUUUCACUGUUUAGUGCUUGAAAUAUUUGCUAAAAUUGACUGGAAAUACUUAGAGAUUUCAUCGUAGAAUGGCGUAGUUAUAUUUGUUUGCUCUUUGGCUAAAAUGUUUAACUGUAUUAUUGCUAAACAUGCCGUUUUUGAGAAUUUGGUUUACAACUAGGUUUCAACAUCCAACCACGCCAUCAUCCCAUUGAAAACAUUAGGUCACGUCAGCUAGUUUCCUAUCCAUUUAUUUUAUUAUCCAUGCUGUAACUAGGCAUGUAAGUUAUUAUGUUAGUUGGGAAACGAAAACAAGAACAACAGUUGCAUGAGAGUUGACAAUUUUUCAUUCAUACCCCAGGUGCUAUAGUUGACCAGCCAGGCGAUGUGGACCUGACGUUCGUGUGAAUCUAUCGUGUUUGGCCAAAUUGAGGUUGUCGGUUGAAGACGAGAUACCCAUUCAGAUGGAGUGAAAGACCCGUAUAGAGUUCCCACAAUUGAAUCGAAGUGUAUGUAUACAAAUUUCUAUCGUAUAUAAGUAUUGUUUUACCUAUAACGUCCAAUUUAAUGGUACGCCAAUUAAAUGCGUCCGGUCCCCUUUUUCAAGCCAUUCGCAAAUUGGUUCUCUUGAUCAUAUUAAUUUUGGAUUGGUUAUACGCGCAGAGGUAAUCGCUUGAAAAACGCUUGCUUGUAUGUUCGGCAAAGUAGCGCACAAGAUAGAAUAAUUGCUCAUUUGCGCUAGGACAGAGCUGUGACAUCAUAUAUAAAUUGCGCGCUCCAAAAAUAUGACUCAGUAUUAGGAUCCAGGCUAUUUCGUUUGACCGAAAUUGUAUGCGCAAAAAUUAACUGUAAAUUUGAUUAAAGUAUCCUUACAAAUUUAACGUAAUUAAGCAAUUACAAUGUCAGCUUAAUUCAUUGAAAAUAAGCUUAGCUUUUAAUAACUGGUUAUAAAUAUUUUAGAUCAUAGUAUCUUAAAUGUAAUAUAUAUAUAGUAAAUUUGAAAUUGAGAGGGAUUCGUUAUAGCAUAUCACAAAGUUGUUAUUUUUUCAAAAGUUAUUUUACUUUAUAUAUUUAAUUAAAUGAUAUAUAAAACUACGGUAAAAAAUAUAAAAUUAAUUUUCCAUUGUAUAGCCAGAAUUGACUCGCUCGCUACUAACAAUACAAAAUAAUAAUUUGGUUUAGUUUUAAUUUAGAUUUAGAUUUAUUGAAUUUAGUUGUUGCGUUAAUAAAAAG